CCUCAGCCCAUUAUUUGCUUAAUCUGGCGCACCGCCCUCCGUCGUGGACGCGGAGCGCCGCGCUUCAUGCGUCCCAUGUUCCGGUUCCCCUUCGCGGGUGCCGCCCUGUCUGUGCCUCCCUCCCCGCUUGCCUCUUACUGGCCCCGAUGCUGAUCGCACUCUAGUUUCCACACUUGUCCUACGUUGCUGUUGUUGUUGUUGUUGAUGAUGGAUUACGGAAUGGAUUCAACUGUGCAUGAAGUCUAGGCUUGGGAUGCAGAACGAAAGACUGAGUCUGUGCAGCCCCUGCUGUCGACUUUUUUUUUGUGGGUGCCUCAGAAGCAAGACGAUGAUCCUGGUUGUUGACACGGCUGGAUUGUGCUUAGAUGUGAUGGUGGCCGCAUUGAGGAGGUCGCAUUUCUACGGCUGCCCUUUUGUUGUUGACGCUGCCGAGUAGGGAGAAUGUUGUUGAGGCUUGGCAGAAUCCCAUGUCUGGUGGAAACGGUUUGGACAAUUGUUGUUGUACUCGUAAUCCGCUGCUAUGAAGCUCUUGUCUAGCACGGAGAUUGUUCCACGAAGUUUAGCCGAAGUAGCAGACCGAAGUAUAUGCAAUGUUUGAUGUAGUGGUGUUACCGAAAUCGCGUACGUUUCGAUUGGGGACCCGUUCACUGCUGAUUUGGAAGCGGUAGGUAUUAAGGUAGAGGACUCCACCAGGUUGUUUCCAAUGGCAUUCGAGCUCGGGGAAAAGACAUGAGCCCUCGACAAAAGUCUCCGAGUAUUCAUGCGGAGAAUGCGCAGUUGGAGCACCUGCGCGCGGAGUCGAGCUUUCAAUCAUGAGAGGAAGAAGAAAACGGCAGAUCUGUGUGAAUACAUGAGCAAACGUGCAACACUGGAUGAUGUAAUAAUAGUGAAUCUGGCUUCGAAUGUGUCGGAGUCACGUAUUUUCGAGGUGACGUCUAAUCGAAACGAGAGUGGUUAGGGAUCAAUGGCAGAGCUCUGGGGGUUGCUGCGUCUCGUUCGCUUCGUUUUUCUUGCUUGUGCAAUAUUGUACUUCUCCAGCCAGUUUUUUGAGACGACGGAGGAAGCAGAAUUAUCGUGUCCCGGGAAGGAAGUGACGGUGAACGUGAUAGAUGCAUCAUCUGCUGACUACCCAUCCGCUCAACCAUGGAAGUCGCCAAGAAUUAAAUCUGCAACUUGUGAACAGCGUAGCUGUGAAUUAGGAGAGGUGGUUUCAAGGCGUCUCUUGCAAGGACCAUCACAGCAAGUGAUUCCUCGACAGCCAAGCCCACCACCCUUGCAGCAGAUUCAGGCUCCUGCACAACUCCCUCCUGCCUCCACCCCGCCGCUUCCUCUUCUGCGACCAUCCUCCAAAUCUCCUACACUUCCAGUACCUCCUCUCCCGGCACCUCAAUCACAGCCAAGUUUACCACCUCCGCGAGAGUCACCACCUUUGAGUGCCCUGACUCCAUCUCCAGCCCCUUCUAGUGCACCAAUUCCAAUUCCAGCUCCAUCUCCAGCUCCGUCUCUUGAAGAUCCUAUAGAUUUAGAGCGUCAGGCAGUGUUGUACUUCAUGAGUGCAUUAACAGCAGAUCCAACGGGCGUUUUCAAGCAGUGGAAGAACAUCAUCAAUCCUAACCAUUGCAACUGGUAUGGCAUCCGAUGUGGUGAGGUCGGGGAGAAUGUCGGUCGCGUCAUCUCCCUCAGUCUUCCUGAAAGGAAACUGGAAGGGGUCUUGACGAAGUACAUACGCCAUUUCACUUACAUGGAGACUUUGGACCUUGGUGGGAACAAUUUGACAGGAUCAAUUCCGGAGGAAAUUGGCGCUCUGAAGCACCUGAAGAUCCUUCGUCUCAACGGGAAUUCAUUCUGGGGUCCGCUUCCGAGCAAUCUCUCCUCAUGCGUGGACAUCGAGGAGUUCAAUGUUGAAGGAUGCAGCUUCAUGGGAGAAAUUCCGACAUGGUUGGGAUGGUCGCCCGCUUUACGGUCCGUUCACAUGGGUGGAAACAAAUUCAGUGGCAAUGUGCCGAUUUCGUUGCUGAACUGCACGUCCCUAAGGUUUCUUAACAUUUCCUCGAAUAAUUUGACGGGGUCUGUGGAUUCCACGGUGGGGAAUUUGGUGCACUUGCAAAGCUACCUCGAUGUCUCUCAUAAUCGGCUCUCUGGAUUGAUUACCUCAACGCUUGGAAACUUACAAGACCUCAUCGGCUUGAACCUCUCGAAUAAUGCCUUCACUGGAACCAUUCCGGAAAGCAUUGGCAACUGCUCGAAGCUGCAAAGCUUGGAUUUUUCCGACAAUAAACUAAGCGGAGCCAUACCUCCGUCCCUCAGCUUGCUCUCAAACUUAAAACAUACCCUGAAUAUUUCACACAACAACAUCCUUGGGCUGAUCCCAAGCAGCUUCGGGAUGCUUCAUAACCUGACCAAGCUCGAUCUAUCAUUCAACAAUCUCUCCGGUCCUGUACCUGAGACGCUUGCGAACCUGAGCUCUCUCGUUUUCUUGAAUCUCUCUUUCAAUCAGCUCUCGGGGCCGUUACCAGACAAUGGCAUCUUCGUUAGCCUCUCCUCAUCUUCUUUUCUCGGUAACCUGAAUCUGUGCGGUAGGCUGGCUGCACGGCCAUGUCCAAGCAAUAUUAACUCCCAACCGCUCCCCACUUAUCAUGACCAUCAACGUAGAGGUGGCCCGACAUUGAUCACCGUCAUUGGUGCUGCCGCGGAAGGGGCGGCCACCAUCAUCUUCCUUGCCCUCCUGCUUCGCUACCUUGUCCAUCGCCGACAACCAGUUCAAUCUGAGACGGUGACCCUCUUCUCAAAGUACUUUAAAGCUCUGAAUCUCUCAGCGGAAGAUGUUCACGCUGCUACAUCCGUCAUAACAACCCCCAACGGAAGUUUUAGUCGAAGUCUAAGCGGCACCAUCCGCCGGGCCGUGGGGUUUAGUAGCAUUGAAAAAGCCGUUCUCCCUGACGGCACCGUGUUCGCUGUGCUACAAUGUUCCAUUGCAAAGUUGGGGAAGAAGGAUCGGUCCAGACUGGACGCAGCAAUGCUGGAGCUCAGUAAAAUCCGGCACCGCAACUUGGUCCGCCUCAUGGGAUACACUAAAAAUCCCAGCAGCCUUUCCAUGUUGCUUGAAUUUAUGCCCAACGGCAGCCUGGAUUUGCAUCUGCACCCUCCAGGGCACCAUACCUGCCUGCUCAACUGGAACGAGAGGUUGCGGAUUAUAAUGGGCGUGACAGCGGGGCUAGUGCAUCUCCACCAGGAGACUUGCGGCGAUCCGAUAGUACACUGUGAUUUGAAGGCCGCCAACGUGCUGUUAGAUUCAGACAUGGAGCCCAAGCUUGUGAAUUACGGCGUGGCGAGCCUAUUCAAGCGUCGCAGUAGCGGAGACUCCACAGUUACUGCUUGGGUUGGAUCCCCUGGUUACGUCCCUCCUGAAUAUCAGCUCUUCCGCGACCUGACCAAGGCAGGAGAUGUGUACAGCUACGGAGUGCUACUGAUGGAGAUCAUAACUGGCAAGAGGCCGACGAGCGAGUGCGAAGUAGAAGUAGGAGUGAUGAGUCUACCCACCUGGGUUCGGUCCUUACAGGCGCAAGAGCGGGAGCAGUAUGCCAUCGACAUGAGCUUGUUCCAAUCAUCGGAUGAGUCCCAAAUCGCCCAGAUAUUACACAUCCUGCACGCGGCGAUUCUGUGUACUAGCCCUGCACCAUCUGAGCGGCUCAACAUGCUGCAGGUUCUCGGUAAACUCCAAGAGAUGCCGCAGUCCACACUUCCACAAGAACUGGUUCCUGUCGAUUCCGCCCCAGUGGGCUGCAGCUCUUGCCAGGAUGACGGUGAGGACAACUGAAUUGCAAAUGUUGUUCUGUCCUCAUAUUCCACUCCAUUCGAGGCAUGUUCUUAACAAGAAAGAAACAUUCCAGGGCGUGGUGGUUGCUUUUCUGUCUUGUUUCCUCUUAUGUAGAAUUAUCCAAUUCAGCUUCGUCAAACAGUCACAGUUCGGCGGAUACCCUUGUGUAGUGACCGACACAUUCAUCAGAUUCAUUUUUAGAGCCCUUUUUAGAGGCUUGUGUAGAUUACUCUGACUACCCAAUAGCCGGCAUUGUUCUCAUCCUCAUGAUCGUAGCCGUGUCACCACCGCUGAUAGACGACCUGAAACCAGGUUCCGUCAGUGGCAAUGGCUACAUCUGAUCGAUGAUUUGUACCAUCCACAUUUGAAAACAACUUAGUGUAUCGUUUGCUUUGCAUCUGUAGAUCUGCAGCCUUCCUCAUCUGUAUUCUAAGCUCGUUGUGUAGAGUUUUUGUUGAUUUUACAACGGUUUACAGUCACUUUUAUGCAGACUAGACAGAGGGGAAAUGUAGCAAUGGCCGGUGAUGGAUUUACAAAAACAUUGGAACGACUGUUCAACUCAAACUUUGCCACUUAUUGGCUGUGGAAUACCAUGACUGAAUGGCUAAAUAGACUAGCUCUUAAUUUCUUCAAGCAA